AAUGCCCUAAGAUAACUAAAAGCUAAAGUAUUGAAGCACUUCCUUAGAGGAUUAGACAUGGCAGAAGGGUGGGUAUUGGUACACUCAACAUCUUCGUUUUUUCCAGUUUUUCUUCCUGGAAUCCCUUCCCCAAUUCUUAUUUCAUUUAUUAUUCAUCAACGAAGAGAUGCUUGGAUACCUGCUAGCUUAACCGUACCUGCUAGCUUAGCCGGCGACGGACGACUUGGAGAAGUUCUGAAUCGCGAUACACUCUUCUCGAGCUCAGGUUUCAUCAGCUUCUUCCAUCUUUUUCACUAUCUAAGCCGGGUAAUACAUGACUCACGUCUUCUUGUAUUCCAUGAAUUUUCUCGUUUGGACCUUCCAGGGUUUUGAACCCUAGACUUUUAAAUUUUUUCUUAAUAUUUGUGCCCGUUCUUAGAUUUCUACGCAGUGUAUCAUUUGUGGUCUCCCCUGAUUUUCUCUCUUUAUUCAUUCAUGGAUGGCUUUAUUAAAGUUGGGUUUAGAAAUUCAAAGGUUAUACAUAUCAGAAUUUUGUCAGUUGUUUAUUGUUUAGUGCAACCUUGUUUUUGCUCUCUGCUUUUUAGGAGCUUGCUCUAUAAAUCUUCUAUGGGUUAAUCAAGUUCAAGAAGGAUAAGAGCAACCAUACGUUAGUUCUGCACAAAAAGUGUUCGAAGAAAUGUCUAAACUAGAAAAGCGGGUAUUUUUUCUUCUUCCUCUUCAUGAUUUCACCCAAGAUGUUAUUCUGUUCCUUGCAACAUUUUCGUAUUAAAAAACAUAUUUUUCAGGCUUUGUUCAUUUUGAGGAAAAGACAAGUAUUACAUUCUGGAAGAUUAAGUUGCAAUAUUGAUAUUUAAGUUAAGUUUUGUGUUUUACGUUCUUGAUUAGUUUUUUAUUUGCACUAGUUUAUUGUUUGAACUGAAUUUUUAUAUAUCAUAAUCUUUGCUAUUUCUUUUCAAAUAAAAAUUGAAAACGAUGAUUAUUUGAUUACUUCAGGUUUAGUUUCAGAUGUAUGUCAAUCUUACUCCUUCAGUUGGUGAUUGUCAUAGGUCGUUUGAUGGUAAGCUGUGUAAUAAUUUUUUGAUUGAUGAAUCAUAAACUAUUUAGAUUAUAAGUUUUUUUUGUUAUAUAUCCUAUUGUUUUGAUACAAUAAAGAAGAUAGAAUAUUUAACACCAUUUCAUAUUAUAUCCCUACUUCUUAAGGGACAACUAGUGAAACUCAAUUGGGAAAAAUUAAUUAGCCUUUGUUUCUUCAUCACUGAUACAAUUAUUUCUUAAAGUUGUUGCUAGCUAGUUGCUGAGGUGAUUUGUUGGCAAAAAUCUUUAAUUUGCCUUGGGUUUUUCUCCACCUUAGGUGCUCCAAUGGGUUCUUAUACGAAACAGUAUGUAUGGUUAGUUGUUUCAAAGAUAUAAGAAAUUCUUUCGACAUAUGGAGAUGAAAAGAAUGGAACUGGAUAAUGGAGGGUCUCGCCUUACAAAACUAGAUGAGAAAUUGGCAUGGAUGCCUCAAAGGAUGAGAAAUCUAUAUACUACCUCCGUCCUAGGGAUAAGUUCCCACUUUCCUUUUUUGGCAGUCCCAACAAAAAGUUCCCAUUUCCCUAAAUGGAAAGAUAUCCUACAUCAAAACAGUGCCAAACAGUGCAAAACAGUGUCAAAACAGUGCCAAACAGUGUCGAAACAGUGCCAAACAGUAAAAUUUAACCCUCAGUAACUUUAUUUCCUUAAUAUGUGUGAAAGUCAACCCGGGAACUUCUCCCUGGGACGGAGGGAGUAUUAGAAUUUGGGUUUUGUAUUAUAUGUAUAUUUUUGUAAUUAAUAUGAAAUUUUAGACUUCAUAGAUUCAUGUUGUGCAAUGUACAAAAAUUCUACAAAUGUAUUAAAUGUGAUAUUUAUUGGUUAUAUAUAAAUGUAUUGAUUCUUAAUACUAU